AUCGAACUCCUAAAGAAGAGAGAUCUAAAAUAAAUUUUCCUUUGAUUUACUACCUCACCUUCCUACCAAAGUAAGAUCUGGAGAAUUACCGAAACGAUGUUCUUCUGCGCUUCUCUUAUAUUAUUAUUGUUGUUAUAGUUUUUCAGGGAAAUUCAGAAGAAAGAACAGGCCUGGACCGAGGCUUUCUCUGUUCGUGGAUCGCCGCUCUCUCCCUUCUUGUUCCUGUGUCGUGGAGUCCCCGCCAGUUAUUCCAGAUCUGCCAUAAGCGACCAUGAAUUCUAACUUUGGAAAACCUAGUAACCCACAAAGAGGAUCGGUUUCUAGUAAUAACUAUGAAUUCGAUUUCGGUCUGGGCUCCGGCUUCUCUAACAACCGUCAUCGAUCUCUAAACGAUCAUAAACAACAAAAUGCCUCCCCUUAUUCUUAUCCUUCUUCCUCUUCCUCUACUACUACUACCACCGCUUGGUCUUCAUCCACCCAACCCAAACAGCCCUCCCCAUCUUCCUCGUCGUGGACCCCAAACAAAGCUUCAUGGACGCACCAGUCCUCCCCAAGUACAUCUAACCCUACUUCCAUGGUCGGAGAUAUCUUUGGCAAGAGUUGGGCUUCUACCGCCCGUUCGGGCAACAACGCUCGUAUUGGCAUCCCGGAAAAGAACCCUAAUUUGUUCGGAGAUCUUGUUGGUUCUGCUCUCGGUCAGGCUAAGAGCAACACCAAUGUUCCUUUGAAGAAUGCAGCACCGCCAACGGCAUCCGCCCAGACGAAGAAUUCUUUCUCAAUGGGGGGUAUGGCUGAUUCGCUGCCCAAAACCAGCACUCCUAUGAGGAACAGCAAUUGGGGAUCUUCUGGCAAUUUUGGAAGUUAUUCUGCUGCCAACAACAGCACUAAUACCAACAGUAUGAACAAUAGCAAUAAGACUGGAAAUCUUGGGGGACCAGCAAUGAGAAGUGGAGCUGGAGCCCCUGCAAACUCCAAGAAAGACCCAUUUGGAUCUUUGGUAGAUUUUGGGUCUAAGCCGAACCUCAACUCCACAGCAGACAAUAGUUCCAGUGCCGGUGCCGGCGCCAGCGCCAGCGACUAUUCAUUUGGAGAAUUCCAGAACGCUUCCAAAUCAAACAACCAGUCAUUCACAUCUGCUUUUCCUGCAACCAGUAACAAUUACAUGGGAUCAAACUCUAGUUCUGCUGCCAAUUUGGAUAAUUUUGGAAUUCCUACUACCCAAGAUUUUGCUUCUCAGAAGCAGCCUCCUACUCAGCCCACCAGUGUAGAUCCAUUAGAUAUGUUGUUCUCGUCAACCUCAAACUCUACCUCUGCAGCUCCAACAACAGCACCUGAAGUUUCCGGAAAUGAACCAUUUUCUGAAGCAGAUGACUGGGGCUUGGGUGCAGAAUUUGGAGGAAGUGAUGUGGGUGGUACGACUGAGCUUGAAGGUCUUCCACCCCCUCCAGCUGGUGUCACAGCGUCGGCUGCAAAGAACAAGGGGUUGGAUAAUCACAAGCAGGGGCAGUUUGCCGAUGCCAUAAAGUGGCUGUCUUGGGCAGUAGUGCUUCUAGAGAAAGCUGGUGAUGAUGCAGCCAGUGUGGAGGUUUUGUCAUGCAGAGCUUCCUGCUAUAAAGAAGUUGGGGAGUAUAAGAAAGCAAUUGCUGACUGCUCAAAGGUUCUAGAKCAUGAUAGUGCAAAUGUUUCUGUCCUAAUACAACGUGCACUCCUGUACGAGAGUACUGAAAAGUACAAACUUGGGGCAGAGGACAUGAGGAUGGUUCUGAAGAUCGACCCUGGUAACAGGCUUGCAAAAAGUACAAUUCACCGUUUGACUAAACUGGCUGACUAAAGACCCUCCCCCUUAAAUUUUGGAUUGAGACAUAAGGUGCUUACAGUUCCACCCUUUUACUUGGAAGUAUGGGUUAUCAGUUAAUGAUUUAGUCCUCAAGGAGGAUUUUUAUCUGUAUUAUCUUCGAUGUGUUGUAUCAAGUGUUACUGUAUUGCUUAUGACCGGAGAUAAUAUUCUUUUUGUUUUUUUUUUUUUUUUUUGAUACUUGCUUGCAGGAAUUGCAAAAUGUUUGAUGUCUUCCAUAUAUGAAUUGAGAGACUAGUUAUAGGAAGUGCUGAUGCCUAUAUAACUCCCCCCCACCCCCAGCUACCCCUUGUCUUCAUUUUUUUCUUUCUUUGGUGCUUCUUCCUGGUUGAUGAGCUUAAAGUGGAUGGGUAGUAUGUGCUAUUUGCAUACUUUGGUGUCUUCUUUCUUGC